CACAGCAUGGCAGAGAUACGACAAAAGCUGGUGAUCACGGAGAACAAGUAAAGCCAGAUUAAUCCUAAUUACCGUGAAGACAAAAAAAAGAGAGAGUGGCAGAAAAAGGGAAAGCAAGCAGACUCUGAAGAAAAAAAGAAAUUAGUGUACUGCGAUCUACAGAAACCAACAUGCAGGGAAGCAUGAGGUUGUGGAUGUCGGCACUGACUGUAUGUCUGUCUUUGCUGAUAUGCCUGGGAACAUUUGCAGAGGCUUACCCUUCAAAACCAGAUAAUCCAGGUGAAGACGCACCGGCAGAAGACAUGGCCAAAUAUUACUCUGCACUGAGGCACUAUAUCAACCUUAUAACAAGACAGAGAUAUGGGAAAAGAUCCAGUCCCGAGGCAAUGCUUUCAGAUGUUUGGUGGAGAGAAAGUUCAGAAAACAUCCCUCGAUCUCGGUUUGAAGACCCGCCCAUGUGGUGAUGAAAAUUGACAUUCAUCUUCAGUCUUUUCCAAGUUUUUGAUCCAUGUAUCAUUGCUAAAUGACAAAUCAGACUUUAUCAACACUCCCAAACACACCCAAUGCAUGCAGACAUCUACUAAAUCCUGUAAAGUUGUUUAAUUUCUCCAUUCUACCUUACAUAGAGGCAUCUACGGCUGAAGUAUAUAAUUUGUGGAUUAAAACGUGCAAUACAAAGAUUAUAACAUUGUUGGUUCUUGCCAGUCCAGGAAACUUCCCCCCAGUCUCUGCCAGAAGGAUUUACGCUGACGGUGAUAGGGUCAAAUCUGCUAAAAUGUGUACAAAUACCCUUCCUUUAACAAUCCCUUGUGCAGCGUUUAAAUAGAACUUUUGAUUUCAUGUGUAUCUUUUGUGUGGAAAAGGUAAAAUGUUGUUUGUUGGUAAUCUUUAUUAUGUGUAACACACUUUAGCAAAAUAAAAUCCUUUAAAAGCUGUUUUGAA